GGUUAGGAUGUGCGGGAGAUUAAUAUGCGUACUGGAGGGGCAUAAUUUAACAGUGAGGUGCCAGUUUCGGGAUAGCGCAGGAAAUAUGAUGAGACCAGAGUGGGAAGGUAGCUAUCACACACCCGGGUACAAUCUACCUCCAACCUCUCAGAUACCGGUUCUGUUUGGAAAGAUGGGAGAACGGAAAUUUAGGUCAAUGAGAUGGGGUUUGGUGCCCUCUAGUCACACCAAGUCGAUCAAAGACUUCAAAUUGUCCACGCACAACUGCCGGGCUGAGAACUUGCUAGAAUCACAAAUCUACUCUAAAGCUUUCUUUAAAGGACAGCGCUGUGUGAUACCAGCUGACGGUUUUUACGAAUGGAGUUCCACUAAAGGAGCGGAGAAAAUACCCUACUUUGUCCACAGGAAAAAUUCAGAUGAAAGCGGGGAGAGAAAUCUCCUAAUGAUGGCAGGUCUAUAUGACAAAUGUCGACUGAAUAACGAGGAUUGUAUACUAUACUCCGCUAGUGUCAUCACAGUCAGUGCCUCAGCACCAAUGAGCUGGUUACACCAUCGCAUGCCUGCGCUAUUGGAGACGGAAGAAGAAGUAAAGAAGUGGUUACACACAGGAACGCUUAAGGCGAAGGAAACGCUACCUCUUCUUUCGUCCCGACUAUGCAUUGACCUCUAUCCAGUAAGCAAGGUGGUCAAUAGUGUGUCAACGAAUGGACCUCACUGCAUCCAGAAAACAGAGCCACCUAAGAAAAGGAAGUCGAACACUCUGGACAAUUUCUUCAACAAGAAAGCUAAGACAUCCCCCGACCCAGUCUCUGAUGAUAUGAUAAAGAAGGAGGAUGACCGGGCAGGCACCUCAAAUAAGUAAAACAAUAAACAUAUUGAGCCAAGAUAUCGAAUAAUGCUUAUCGAAACCUCCAAAGAAAGGUCUCAGAAGUUUUUAAUAGUUAUCAGAUUGAUAUAUUGCUUUCGUUUACGGAAGGGCAGUUUUUAUUUAACAUAUUUUCAAUCGAUCACAAUUUAAUGCCCGUAUUUUAAUUGUUUUUAAUUUGAAGUGGUCGGACGUCAAAUUAAAAUGACGUUUGUACAUCUUUUUUAUUCUAAAUUAAAAUCUAAUAACGUUAUUUUAUCUACAUUUCACACGAAUAUAAUCAAUUAAUUAUUCAAUUUUAAUUUUAUCAGUUUUUAC